GUCAUGAAAUUUAUCGAGGGAACAAUUCUUUAACAUAUUAUAUUCAUUUACAUUCUUUAUUUUUUUUCCCCCAAUAUGACGCUUGAAGUUGCCGGAAUUACCUUAUUUUCAAAGAUUCUUUUAAAUGCAACGUUUCUAAAGAAUCUCACAAAAACGACCGUUACGAUAUCGAUUGAAAAUAAUAGUUCAUACUCCCUCACAAAUCCAACAAAUUACCUUAAAAGUGGUAUUUCUGUAAAUUCAGCCGGCCCAAUAAUUUCACCCAAAUGUAUUACACAAUUUGUAGUUAGGAAUGGAAAAAAGGGAAUGCUUUGUUACAAGAUUGAGGGUUCAUAUGGGCCAAAUAAAGACCCUUAUUAUCUACUAAUAAGUUGGAAGGUAAAAAGUUGGAAGUCGAAGUUGAAACGAUUUUCUCGUAGUAAAAAUCAAUUCUGUCUCGUUCUUCAUGAAUCUAAAGAGUUGCCACUUCCUAGAGUAUCAAAUAAAAUGAAGAAUUUUUUUGAAUCAAAACAUAAAAAUUAUAAAUAUUCCAAUGAUCGAGAUGGCUUUCAUUUGGAAGGUAAAAAUUCAGAGUUGGCGCUACUAUGUCUAGCAAUGAUUCACCAAUUAUUAAGAUCAGUUUAGAAGACUGUAAAUCUCGAACUAAUAAGAGGUCAUUUAUUCAAAAAAUUCGAUGUUAUUAAACAUUAAUUAUUAUAUUAUAUAUACAUAUAUAUUAUCCACCAUUUUUAUUUGAUUCAUAUUGUUAAAGGAUUUAUAUUUUUUAAACCAACGUCAUAUUAUCCACAGUUAUAUCAGUUAUAAAAACAAAAAAACAAAAAAAAAUUUUAAUUUUUUUCUUGGGAUUUUUAUUAAGAUAUUUUUUUAACUUUUUUUAUGAUGAUUUUGCCAGUAAGUUCAAAAUUAUGUUAUUUUUAUAUAUAUAAAUUAAGAAAAUUUUUUUUAUUAUGAAUAAAUUAUGUAAUAUUAAG